CCACUCUCGCUGCUGCCAUCUCCACGCUCACAUGCCACCUCGUAUCACAAGCUACAAGGACACGCAGCCACUCAGAACGCUGGCCAAAGCAUCUCAAUCGUGUUCAGUCCAAUCCAUAGCAUACGGCAAAUGUAUCGGUAAAUCAUAUCAAGACGUCAGUAAGAGCAUGUGCGAAGCGGAGUUCAGAGCAUUCAAAGAAUGUGUACAGAAGACAUUCGGACGCAAAUGGUAGAACGGGCCCGAAUCGUGAUGUGAGAUGCAAUA